AUGGACGCCAGGCCAACUGCAGCCGACUCAAAACAUCAUUACCACCCACCACUCUGGAGCCGCUCGACAUCAAGUCCAGCAGUUCCACGACUGAGCAUCACUGCAGUGUCUGCCAAAGCCGAGCCCUCGCAUUCGCCGUUUCCUACACGCAUCGAUCUAGUUCCUAUACUGUUCCCACAGCAGUCCUCCCUGUACCAGGCUCAGCUCCUCCAGUACAACAAGCUCAUUGCGCCGGGACGAGGACGCGGUGGGGUUUUGCAAACUACUCCAUUGCCGCCGCUGUUGACAACCCCGAACGUCCACACUGGACUGCGAUCCCGCUCGUCGCCAAAGGUGUCGAACAAGGACUCUUCACGUGCUAAGCCUGGCACUCAGAAUUGCCAUGGGAAUAGAGGCACUCAGAACACCAACAAAGCCGAUCGUGCGCUUAUAACAGGAGCUGGAAAGGAACCCGCCUCCUCUUCUAAGAUGCCGCCCAAGAUGCCGAUUUCGAAGAAGACAGCAAUGGACCUCCCGCAUCCGUUGCCCUCGAGACCAGCGGCAGUCACGAUGUCACCUGCAAAUCUCACGGCAAUUCCUCCCCAAACCCAUUCGAAUUCUGUCCCUUCAACGCCACACCAACGCGCCAGGAAAUUCUCUUUUGAAUCGAGAGAGCCUUCGCCGAACGCGAACCAAAGCCACUCACCCCGGUCCGCAUAUUCCGAGACAAACAGCAACCUGCCGUCUUUGAGGCCACUCCCACCUAGGAAUGGCGGUUGCCAAUUUGAGACGGUGCCCGAGCGGUCGCGCCGCAGGAUGCCGUACAGUUUGGGAAGCGACCGACUGGAGAAGUUAGAUCUGACCAAGAUAAAGAGCAAGCUGUCAGAUGACGACGAGAGGAACCUCACUGCAGACAUGCGCGAGCUGUAUGAUCGACUGAAGCCCACCAAUGCGGUUGAAGCGAAUCGCCAGAGGCUAGUCCAAAAGCUUGAGAAACUCCUGAACGAUACUUGGCCGGGUCAUGACAUAUGUGUUCACUUAUUUGGGUCGUCGGGAAACCUACUCUGCUCAGACGACUCGGAUGUUGAUAUAUGUAUCACAACUCCAUGGAAGGAACUUGAGGGCGUCUGCAUGCUCGCAGACCUCUUAGCCAAGCAUGGCAUGGAGAAGGUUGUAUGCGUCUCAUCCGCGAAAGUUCCCAUUGUCAAGAUAUGGGAUCCUGAGCUGGGCUUGGCAUGCGACAUGAAUGUCAACAACACCCUGGCGUUGGAGAAUACGCGUAUGAUACGGACAUAUGUGGAGAUUGAUGAGAGAGUAAGGCCGUUGGCAAUGAUCAUCAAAUACUGGACUCGGAGGCGAAUUGUCAAUGACGCGGCCUUCGGCGGUACUUUGAGCUCGUACACGUGGAUCUGCAUGAUCAUCGCAUUUCUUCAGCUACGACAGCCCCCAAUUGUGCCAGCUCUGCACCAACGACCUCAUCAAAAGACGACCAAGAAGGACGAAGGUAUCACUGCUUUUGCUGAUGACAUAACCAAACUAAGGGGAUUUGGCGAGAAGAACACGUCUACACUGGGAGAAUUGCUUUUCCAGUUCUUCCGCUUCUACGCACAUGAGUUUGACUAUGCCGAGGCCGCUUUGUCUAUCCGUUUAGGCAAGCUCAUGAAGAAGACGGAGAGGAGGCAUUGGCACCUGGCUAUUAACAACCAGCUCUGUGUUGAGGAGCCAUUCAACACGAUGCGAAAUCUUGGAAACACAGUUGACGACACGUCUUUCCGGGGCAUUCACCUGGAAUUACGCCGUGCAUUCGAGCUCAUAUCGGAAGGCAAACUUGCAGACUGCUGUGAGCAAUACGUGUUUCCCAAGGAGGAAGAAAGGAUAUGGCAGAAACCAGCACAAGCACCUCGACCAGCCCUGAUACGAAGCGCGUCGCAGCAACACAAUCGUGGCGGUCGAGGUGCCAAUCUUAGGGGAGGCAACCGGCAGCAGGGCCAGUAUCGAAACAGCAAUCACGGCAACAACCGGAGAGCAUCAUCUAGUACGAACUAUGAGCCUAACCCAAGCUCAAACAACGCCAUGUAUUUCCAGGGAUACCCAUUCAUGACAUCGCAGGAUGGUAUUUACAUGCAGCCGGAAGUGGUGGCACAGACACUAUCUGCGCUACAGCUUCAAGAGAACAACCUAAGGUUUUUGCAGUACACGCAAAAUCAAGCUCUCGCGCAACAACAAGCUCUCGCGCAUGCGCAGAGGAUGCAGGGGACCGCUUCUCAAGCGCACUCGUCAACCGAGCGCUCUAGGACAAACUCGUUCGACAACCCGCCUCUGACGGCACCUCUCCGGCCAGAUAUGUUCUACUACCCAUUGCAGUAUCACCAGAACCAGGCAUAUUAUACUCAUCCUGGGCUUACCACGUAUCCCUCGUCGCCGUCAAGCCAACAAGCUGCGGAUCAACGUCGCAGUUCCCAUCGGUCUACAACCAUCAGCGACGUCAGCGCUGUGCUGUCUGGAAGUUCCUUGAGGUCUCAGUCGCAACCUGCUUCUCGGCCCAUCCCGGUAAUGCAACCUAAUGGCACUUUCUCCGAAGCGGACCAUCGAAUAAACGGCGUGGCAAACAUCCCUGCGCGGCAUGUCAAUGGCAUCCCAAUCCCCAGUUUCAUUCCUGAUGAAGGCAACGACAGUGAGCAUGAGCCAACCGCGACGCACACACCACCAUCGGAGGAGAGGUAUCCUGGCUCUUAUCUGGAUGCGUACAGCCCCGGACGACGUGCUCGCGCAGCGGUGAACGGACUACCUGCUUUUGGGGACAUAGGGCCACAAGGUUCAGGUCAGGGCAGACGUCGCCUAUCUUCGGAUCAGUUUCCCCAGUCGGUGCUUGAUAGAAUCAAACGGACAUCACGCUCUCCGUCUCCCUUGGGUCACAACAGGGCUUACUCGGUAGGCACCAAUUCGGCACCCCUGGCAUCAGCUCCCUUCCCUCCCGCGGGGGAUCGGCCGGUGCAGGACAUGAAGCCCCUUGUCGUGAAUGGAUCAGUCUCCAAGCCCUCCAAUGCAAGCUCGGCCCGUCAUUCCUUGGCAAGCGAAGAAUCGGCAACAGAGGAAUUAGUUUACGACAACCCGCUUCGUAUCAGCCAGCGACCGAAUGCCUACGGUUCUCGAGUCGAUGCCCUGCCAACCUACUCCCCUGCGCCCGCGCAGCCGGAGUACAACAUGAGCCCCGACCGGCCAUUGGUCGUGAACGGUACCACAAGCACUCAUGCCCAUGCGCCAUCUCAACCUGGCCCCCAAUUCACGAAUGACGUUAUUACCAUGACCCCCAAUGGGAAUCUCAGCGUCUCACAUUUCUCACCGUUGACUCCUGAAUCUGCCGCACAAUUUUCACCGGCCAUGUUCUCAGGAUUCAUUGCACGUCAAUCGCAAAGCCCGCUGAUCGCUCAACUCGACCUUGCCAUGGGUGAUCGGGUGCAAACCAAUGAUCUGCAACACCUGUCACCUGUAUAUGAGACACGAACACCUUCACCAACUGCGACACGAAAAUUUGAGCUGCCCAUGAAUCAAAAUCGGAUGCAACCCAACGUGCCUGGACAAGGUAAAGAUGCGAAGGAGAGUUCUCCGAAGACAAAACAAAAGUCACCGGUGGAUACACCUUCUCCCAGGAAUGAAGCCGCAUCUCUACCUCUCAGCAAUCCACGACUCAACGGACUUAGUCGAGAAAAUGGCCACGUCAAGGGCACGAAGAACGAGAGCGAACAUGCUAGUGGGUGGCAGAAGAUACCCAAAGGUCGAAAGAAAGGGCCAGACGGGAAAGGGAAGAAUGAUGCGUAUUCGCAAGGCGAGUCGAUGCCAAAGAACGACCUCGAGAGGAAAGGAGGUUAG